GAAAUUUUGGAAGUUUCUAACGUUUAUCUGUAUACGAAGCUCUCUCACUGAACUAAUAAUACUGAGAGAUGUCAUCUGAGAGAGGAAGUCUUUCCGAAGUUGAAAUUAAACUUGUGGUUAAACGUGCACGUCUUGAUCAAUCAUUAGAUUGGAAUUCAUUAGCUAGAGUACAUUUAAACAAAUGUAAAUUUAAUUUUACCGCUGAAGUCUUGCCGCCCGCGGUAGCAGCAUCAAAUACACCAACGUUAAAUUCAAUUCCAUUCUAUGUCACUCCGAUUGUACGUAGUCUACGUCCUUAUUUUGAUCAAAUUAUUAAUUUCAAAGCGGAUGUUGAUAGCCUGAUUGAAUUUCGUCUAGUGGUACGUGAUAGUAAACAUGAUGAAGGCAUUGCUAUUGGUUAUGGUCGAUUUUCUGUACGUAGUAUUGCAACUACCAAUGGGAAUCAGUUGAACAAUUUAUUAUUUUCACAACCAAUUAAACCAUUGCCAUGGUUAAUUAAUCCUAGUAUUUCUGCAUCGAAUCCACUAGGCAGUAUUGAUUUGAUCAUUUCUGUUCCACCACGUGAAUUGAAUAGUGCAUUAUUAGCUCAACACUUGUCCAGGUCCAUAUCCAGACUAACAACUAAUUCUAUGAAUGGUCGUCAUCUUUCCGGUUCACACACCGAAUCUAAUCAUCCUCAUCUACAUCAUCCUCAUUCUCAACAACAACAACAACAACAUCAUCAAACAAUCAGAUCACCAUCUAGUGAACCACGUCGUCCCCCGCUGCCAACUGUAAUGAUGAAUCAUAAUCAUCAUAAUAACACUAGUAACAAUGAGUCAACGACGACGACGUCGACAGCGUCCACAACGUCCACAACGACGACGCCAACAACAACCAAUUCCACAAAUCAAACAACAGCCAUUACAGACAAUGCUGCCAAUGAUAAUAAUAAUAAUCAUACUUCAUCAUCUACGUCACAAUUACCACCUGGUUGGGAAAUUAAAUACACAUCGGAAGGACGAAUUUAUUAUGUGGAUCAUUUGACUAAAACUACAACAUGGUGUAAACCUACACCAUUACCACCUGGAUGGGAACGACGUACCGAUAAUGUUGGUCGUGUUUAUUAUAUUGAUCAUAAUACACGUACCACGACAUGGUUAUGUCCUAAUCAAACAUUAUUAAAUACAGUACAAAAUUAUCAACAAAUGACUGCAUCACGUAAUGGUCUACUGCAUCAACGUAUCAAUGAACGUUAUGCUAAUGCUGUAUGGAAUUUUGCUGAUGAUGCCCAACCAAUGGAUGAUGAUGCUGCUGCCAGUGGACGUUUGAAUACUACAACAACUGGUGGUGUAUUGGAUCCGUUAGGUCCUUUACCAGCCAAUUGGGAACGACGUGUUGAUAUGUCUGGUCGGUCAUAUUUUGUAAAUCAUGUCAGUCGUAUCUCACAAUGGGAAGAUCCUCGUAUACAAGGACAUCCAUUACCGGCUGGUUGGGAAAUUCGUUAUACAACUGAAGGAUUUCCAUUUUUUGUUGAUCAUAAUACUAAAACGUCGACAUUCAAUGAUCCAAGACGAAAAGAUGCCAGUGGUAAUAUUGAACAAGCAUGGUCAUUUGAAAAUAAAGUUUCAAGUUUUCGUUAUCUAUGUCAUUCAAAUUUGGUGACAAAAAAUGUGAAAAUUGUUGUAUCCCGUGGUAAUCUACUAGUGGAUUCAUUUGAACAAAUUAUGCGAUUAAAACCACAUGAAUUACGUUGUCGUUUGUUUAUUUCAUUUACUGGUGAAGAAGGUUUAGAUUAUGGAGGGUUAUCAAGAGAAUGGUUUUUUAAACUUUCUACUGAAUUACUCAAUCCAAUGUAUUGCUUAUUUGAAUAUGCUAGUGGUACUAAUUAUGCAUUACAAAUUAAUCCAGCAUCAUCAGUGAAUCCGGAACAUUUGGAAUAUUUUCGAUUUGUCGGACGAUUUAUCGCUUUAGCAUUAUAUCAUGCAAGAUUUAUUGAUAAUGGUUUCACAUUGCCAUUUUAUAAACGUAUGUUAAAUAAAAAUAUCAAUUUGGCAGAUAUUGAAACAGUCGAUUUGGAAUAUUAUAAUUCAUUGAAAUUUAUACAAGAGAGCGAUAUUGAUGAAUGCGCCUUAGAUAUGUACUUUGCAAUGGAUUAUGAAGUGUUAGGUGAAUUACGUACGCAUGAAUUGAAACCAGGCGGUAAAGAUAUUCUUGUAACAGAUGCAAAUAAAGCGGAAUAUAUUGAUUUAAUGGUUAAUUGGCGAUUUUCACGUGGUGUGGAAGAUCAGACAAAUGCAUUCCUUACUGGUUUCGAAGAUGUAUUUCCUCUUCAAUGGUUACAAUAUUUUGAUGAACGUGAAUUAGAAGUUUUAUUAUGUGGUAUGCAGCAAAUCGAUGUAGAUGAUUGGCAAUCGCAUACAACUUAUAAAAAAUACGAUACACGAUCACCACAAGUUAUAUGGUUUUGGAAAUUUGUUCGAAGUUUAACACAACAAAAACGUAUUCGAUUACUUCAAUUUGUCACUGGUACAUGUCGUGUUCCUGUUGGUGGAUUUAAAAAUCUUAUGGGUAAUAAUGGUCCACAACCAUUCUGUAUUGAAUAUAUUGGCAAAGAAUCAUGGUUACCGCGUAGUCAUACAUGUUUUAAUCGAUUAGAUUUACCGCCAUAUCGUUCGUAUGAACAAUUAGUUGAGAAAUUAUCGUAUGCUAUUGAUGAAACUGAAGGUUUUGGACAAGAAUAACUAUAUGUUGAUUGUGCCUUGUUUUUUCUCUCUCUCUCUCUCUCUCUCUGUUCAGUUUUUAAAAAUCUACCUAUCUACCUACCUACCUACCUACCUAUCUUACACAACAACAAUAUCUUGUCAACUAUAGGAGAGAGAGCGUUGUUUGUUUUUGAUUUUUUCCGAAAUUAUCUGUCUUUCUUACUCAUCAUCAUCAUCAUAAUCCUGUGAAUGUUUUCACCAACAAAAUCGACCAAAAUUGUCUUAUCAUGAUUAAAUAUGAAUGGAAACAGAGAGAGUGAACAGUGGCAACAGCAGCAGUUCGUUAGCCAGUUAUACAUUCUGUCUAUUUCACAUGACUCAUGAUGAUGAUGAUGAUGUUGACGAUGACAAUAAUAAACCAAAUAAUUUAGAAAUGUUCACCUCUUUUUUUUUUCUUUUCAACCCUUGUGUUGUUGUAUACUCUACGAGUAGAGAUGGUGUGUAAUUGUUCCUGGCUUGAUUGUUUAUUUUUUUCUAUGCUAAGGCGUGUGGUGUGUAAAGUUGCCGCUGGUGCCGCCACCGCCAACAACAACAUUGGUGUCUUGUGUUGUACUGUAAAAAAUAACAACAAUGUUGUUGUUGUUGGUGGUGAUUGUUUCUUCUUCUAGAUUCCUCUCCUUACUUACUUCGUCGACGAAAGUUUUUCUCUGUUGGUUGUUAAUAUUCUUUCUGUUGUUGUGCGUUGUUUUUCUCUUUCUCGACUCACUCUCUUCUUACUAACUAACUAAUUGACUGACUGACUGACUAGACUAGACUAAACUAACUAACUUACAAAGCGAAUGUGAUCUUUUCUAUUUCGUAUUGUUAAAAAAAACAUUCCGCGCCCAUCAAUGUUGUACACACACACAUAUAGACAUAGAGGCGCCCGCGCAUACUCAUCCCAAUCUUGAUCAAGAAGUGUUCAUUGUAAUCACUAGUAGUAGUAGUAGUAGUAGUACAUUAUCGAUUCUCUCAAUCAAUGCACACACACACAUAUACACAUACAGUUCAAAAGACAAUAAUACAUUGUUUG